GCCCACAGUGCUCAUCAACGCGCAUCCGACGUGCCGCCAGAUCCCCGAGGAGGCCAACGUUGUUGUGGCCGUGGGCUCCAACGACGAGGUCUACCCGGUACAGCGGCCGGAUCUCGAGGCUUUGAUGCACACCGGAGGGCAGAACAAGACUUUUUUGUACUGGACCGCAGACAGCGGGCGGCUGCCCUCAGGACAGAUCUCGCGGCAAGGCGACACCCACAACCAGGAGUCUCUGCUCCACCACGACGUCCUCCCUCGGCUCAUUGAUGCGACCCUCUGCAAGGAGGGUCCAGAAAUGCACUUUCACCGGACCUGGAAAGAGAGGCUCUCUCGGGAGAGAAACAAUGCCGAGCUGUGGCUAGGCUACAGCCCCGAGCAGAUCAUGCGGCUCUGGUCUACAAAUGGCCAUCAGAGUGGAAAGCAUCUGCAUGAUGUGCCCAUGGGCACGGAGGAGUACAGGAUGGUCAAUGCCGCUUUUAAG